ACGUGAUUAUUCUUUGGCGAUGCGGCAUAUCUUUUUCCGGCGAUUCGCGCCAGAUUUUAAACACCUUUGAUUGUGUUGUAAAUCAUAUAAAAUUGCAAAAUGCCCAUGCUUGGCAAGAAGACAUUUCAUUUGGUAAAGAGUUUAAAUGAUGUUCAACCUGGGGAGAAGAUUUAUACCGUUCUCCACACUCAGGAACAGUUUCGAUCAAAGGAAGAGUACGAAAAGCGGGUGGAGUUGUACAGUCAGAACAUUUGGACUUGCCGAUGCACCGGCCACACAACUUUAACUCAUCAAGAGGCAUGGAAUUCCGAAAUGACGGCCCUCAAAAUGAUCAAAACCCAUUUUCAAGAACACUUUGAAAAGCCUGUGCUACAAAUUGUCCACCACAGUACAGAUUCCCUUGAUGCACUGGUUGAUAAAGCUUGGACUACACUGCACACCUUGCUUGUCAUUGGAGAACCAGUCACAUUCAAAGUCAAUGCUGGAGCCCAAGUGUUAAAAGGCACUGUUGUUAGUGUCCUUCCUACUGCAGAGGCUGCCAGCAAUUCAAGUAACUGCAACUCGCCAUCUAGUGACAAGGAGAAUAGUUCAGAAGAAAAAGAGAAGUCUCCUAAAAAGUGGACCCCACCAAAGCUUUUGCCUUACAAGUACAGUGUGCAGCUAGAAGAUGGUCCCAUUAUAAACUCUGUCCCAGUGCAGGAUUUGGCUCGUGUUGAUCGACCUCCUUCAAAAGAACUUAUACGAUUGUUUAUUCGCGCAAACGCUGUGCGAGCUGGACUCGGCUGUACAAGUCCUUGGGUGGUUGAUGACAACCUUGUUGCUAAACAUUCAUUACCUAGCAAGUUUGCCGACUUCUUGCUAUCACCUCUUAAGAUGGCUGAAGCAGCUAAACGAGCUGAGACAUUGGGGAAGAAACGGAAACACCAAACUCAUGAAGCAGGUACAAGCAAGAAGGUCAAAGUUUCUGAUGGGAGUGAGAAAAGCAAGAAGAAAAAUGAAGACACGCUUACACCAGUCUCACAAAACAUGACUGUGAAGAGCAGUCCUGGAAAGGCCCUGAAGGGAAAAGACAAAACUGACAAGCAAAACAAAGUGAAGAAAGGAGACAGUGUUAAAAGGACACCAGUGAAAUCAAAAAAAGAAGAUGGUGUAAUUGAAAUAAAUGAUUCUUCUGAUGAAGAAGUGAGUUUAGCAAAGAUUAAAGCAAAGUGCGCAGGUCAGAAUGAGGACUCUGAUUUUGAUGUUCCACUGGCUAGCCUCACAAAUCAUCAGGUACCAAAGAAAAAGAAAUUUAAAAAGUUGUCUCUAGAUGGUAGAAUGGCCUCACAUGAAGGCAGACACACGAAAAAGACAUUGAACAAAAACUCUCAAAAGAAAAGUCCAGCUUUGCAAAAGCCUAAAAAGUUGGUCAACAAUCAGAAGACGCCCACCAAACGCAAAAGACGUGACUCAUCAGAUUCUGAUGUCCCUCUUAGUAAAUUUUUUUCACCAAAAAAGACACCAGGCACUCCGAAAUCAAAAACAUCAUCUCCUGCCAAAAAGAUGAAGGAAAAGAAUGAGCACACUCCACGAAAGGAGCAAAAGACUUCAGAAAAAUCUCCUGAGAAGAAAGUAAGAUGUAAACCGAAAAAAGGAGAGGACAAUACUCCAUCAAAACAAGGACCUAAGAAGGGUAUGAAGCAGGUGACGCUGUAUGAACUGGCAACCCAAAAACCAAGCAAGCCAGCAGUUCAAACUCCAAAGAAGUCACCCGCCAAACCAGCAACUCCUCUAAUAGUAAAAAAGCUGAUGCAGCUUAAUAAAGAAGAGGAUAAAGUGAAGUUUAACAUGUUGCUGAAGAAAGCAGUACUGGUAUUGACCCCUCAGCAGAAAAAGAACUUACCAUCACCUAUUAAAGAAAAACUGCAAAAGAAGACAGACAUCAUGGAAGAGAAGAAGAAGCUAGAAAAAAUGACAGAUGAAGAGCGGGAAGCCUAUUUCAAAGAGAAAAAGGAAAAGCAGAAGCAGCAACUUAAGGAAAAACUAAAAGCCAGGAUGAAAGAACUUAGACAGCGGUAUGAAGAUCAAGACCUUAACUUGCAUCCCUUGCCAGCACCUCGCCUGGUAACUAUGCCAGAAAAUCUGCCCAAUGAACUUUUUGGAGAUAUUGCUAUGGUAACUGAAUUCGUCUCCUCAUACAGUGGGCUACUAAUGCCAGAUGCAGAGUACCCAAUAUAUACAGAUGCUUUGAUGAAAGCAAUAGCUGGAGGCCCUCAGGGUUUUGCCUAUUUGUCCCGUGUGCUGGGUGUUCUACUGCAAACAUUGCAGCAAGAUGAGCUAGCAGAGGGUUAUUCUGAGCUUCGUGUGCCCCUAAGAGAUAUUGCAGUUAACCCAUAUACUGUGUCAGAACUGGUUCGGUUAUGUCUUCGCAAACAUGACAGCAAUGACAAUAGCUCUGAUAUAGCAGAAACUGAUGACUCAGAAGUGCCUGACUCCCUGGUCCAGCUAUUGGAAACACAAGAGUUCUAUCAGCUGGAGAGUGAUCAGAAAGUUGCACUGUUAAAGGGCUUGUGUCUUCGCCUUAUGUCUACUUACUCUUUGCAAGAUUACAUGGAAGAGAGGCAGCGUGAAGCUAUACAGCUAACGAAACAGAGGAAUAGUGAAAUGAAAGAGUUCAACGAGAAAAAGAGAGAUAAAAAGCAAAAUAAGUCUAGCCAGCGACAAUCCUCCAGCAGUUUUGUCCACAGUGAAAACAGUCAGGAGAAUUCCCCUGCUAUCACCAUUGCAAAUUUCUAUGGAAAGAAACUAGAUGACACAUCAACAAAUGAUUCCGCUAUUGAUAGUCAGGAAGAUGACGAUAACCUUGUCUCCAUUGUAAAGCGGCGACGCCUGAUGGCAGCCAAAGCUGCAGCUGAGAAAGAAAAACGAGAACUGGAACGACGCUUGCAAAGAGAGAAAGAACAUCAGGAAGAGAGGACACGUCGGGAAAGAGAACAGUUUGAGACUAAAUUUAAGGAUAGCAUAAAUCUUGCUCGCACAGUUCUUCGUCAUAUACCCAUUGGGUAUGAUCGUCAUCACAAUCGCUAUUGGAUAUUUACAAACACAACUCCAGGUCUUUAUAUUGAGAAAGGAUGGGUAUCCCAAGAUAUAUCCUACAAUCCAGGCUGUGUGCCUCAAGAAAAGGGACGCAAUGAUGAUUCAGCUUCCUCUUUAGCUACCUCAUCAUCCACGCCAGAAAAGAAUUCAAGUAAAGCUACUCAUCUUGGUCCCAAGAGAAAGAAAGCACUUGUUGAAUCAACCAUACCACACUCUGGACAGAACUUGUGGUUCACGUACCCUUCUGUCAAAGAUCUUGAUGAACUUCUCAAAGCUCUUCAUCCUCAAGGUAUCAGGGAAGGUGCACUCAAAGUGGAGCUGAAGAAACGAUACGCAGAUAUUUGCCGUGGCAUCACAGCUGCACAAAGGAACAAUUUAGAGCUUCGAGACUCUGAUGGAAAUGUGGAGAUGAUAGCUGGAUUCAAGAAGGAAUUGGCUGAUAUUGAGCUGCGAUUACGAAAUGGUGGGCUUGGAGGUGUACAGAAUUAUAGCUCUUGGGAGGCAAAACUCAUGGCUGCAGAAGAUUGUGUCAUGAUGGGUGCCUGUCUGUUGGAAGUGCAAGAAGGAAUCUUAGACAAGUUUCUACAAGGCUUUAUGAAACGACUAAAACAAUCUGAUAAGUCAGACAAGGCUGAGGAGGGAGAUAACAGUGAUGCAGAUGAUGAAGAUAAGAAGAGUAUUAAAGAGGAACGAAGUCUGAGUGCCGCAGAGCAACGGCUACAACAGUGGAAGGGUGCUGUAGAGAACUGUUCAACUUUAUCUCGUCUCCAUGUUCUUCUUAGUAUGAUGGAUUCCUGCAUCAAGUGGGAGAAGUCCGCAGAGAAUGCAAAAUGCAAGAUUUGCAGGAAAAAAUGUGAUGAUGACCGACUACUGCUCUGUGAUGAAUGUAACCAGGCAUUUCACAUGUAUUGUCUUCGGCCUGCUUUGGUCUCAGUACCACGAGGAGAUUGGUACUGUCCUGCAUGCAUGCCCCAGUCAAAAAGGAGAACACAAGUUCCCAAACGCUUUGCAGAUGAGUCUGAAAGUGAUGCAGUCAGUAGUGAGGAGGAAGAAGGAGGGGAGCGAAGUACAGCCUGCCAAGAGUGCGGAGGUCAAGACGAGGAGCUCAUACAAUGUGGCUCAUGUCACUCUGUCUAUCACUUAGACUGCCAUCAACCUCCACUGCGACGAGCACCCAGAGGUAGCUGGGAGUGCAGUAACUGUAAAAAUGGAUUCACCAGACAAAAGAAAAGGCCACAACGAAAAGUUGCGGCUUCACGGAAAAACUAUUGUUAUGAUGACAGUCCACCUGAACUAGCUGAUGGAAAUCCUCGCUUGUUAAAUUACACUUCUUCAGGUGGACGCAGGUCUGGACGUUUAUCAGGAGGUGAUGGUUAUUUGAGGACACGCAGUAGUGAUCGUCAUGAAGAUCUUUCACAGCAUCGCUCACGACGUGCUCCAUCAGAUCUCUCUAUUUGUGAAGACAUCUUACAGCGGCUGAUGAAACAUCCAAAUAGCUGGCCUUUCUUGGAACCUGUUGACAAAAAAGAGGUCCCUGAUUACUACAGUAUCAUUCGCAAGCCCAUGGAUUUCCAGACAAUGCAGAAGAAGUGUGCACGGCUGAGCUAUUCUUCUCCGCAGGAAUUUGUGGAGGAUGCUAUUCUUGUGUUCAGCAAUGCUGCAACCUACAAUCAGCCAAAUAGCGAGGUGUAUGAAUGCAUGCGGGUCAUGGAACGGCUCUUCAGUGAACUUCUGGCCAAAUAUCUGCCUGGCUAUGCCAUCACCCAGGUCUUUGUGUCAGAUGUUGGUGAUAGCAGUACUAACAGUGCACGAUUUCGUCGUUCUCGCAGAAAUUGACCCUCUUCUUGCACAGGCUGAUGGUUUUGAGGACUGCUUUGAUGAUGACUGACAAGGUUGGGUACCAUCUAUUAAGUUGGUUGCUUAUGAUGCACAGAAAGAAAGUUGCAACAGGCUCAUUGUGCUGGCAUCCGUGACUGCCAGAUAUUUGAAUUUUGGCUGCUUGAACCACGCUCUUAUCUCCAACAUGGUUUCAUUGUACUAUACGGACAAAAAAGAACAUUCUUCUCUACGUAUCUUUUCAAGUAGAAAGCACAUCAGUGUUAUGCUUAACCAGUAUGUGCAGUGCAUUUACAUUCUUUUUUUUUUUUUUUAAAAAGGUCAUAUGCAUUCAAUCUCAUUUUGUCUGCUUGGUUCAGACAGUUCACGUUCUUUGACAUGCCACUAUUACAUUCAAUAUACACAUCUGGUGAUCUUGACAUUCGUAUCAAAUGUGGCACUUGCAUCUUGCUACAUGACCAUGCCUUUUACCUUAUCAAGAUUGUCAGCUUCUGCUUUACACUGCAGUUCUUUCCAUGUGGAAUUUAGUGGAGCAGAUAAUGUGCCAUACAAAAGCCAGCCAGCCAGCCAAGUUGUUGAAUAUGCUUGAGCUAUGUUGAUGUCUUCAGGGAGAGAUCAGAUGCCUUGAUAGUAUUGAGGAACAAAAUGUACAGGUGGAGAUUGAUUUAUAUGCACAUUUCACUGUUGUAUAAUGUUUUUUUUUCCCAUCUCUUGCUUAUUUACUUAUACAUGUUUAGGUGUAUGUGUGCAUGUGUGGGCACUUGGGAUGCAUGCAUGUACAUGUACAGCUGCAUGCAUCUGUGGACAGUUAUUCAUAUGCAUGCAUGUUUUGCUUGAAGAAAGCAAUGAUAUAUUUUUAGCUGCCAUAAAGAUAGGUUGUGCUUUAAAAUGAUCUGGUUUUUUUUCUAUAUAUUUUUCCUGGAUGCUGUAAGCAGAUGAUUAUCUCUUUAUUAGUCACAGGAUGACAAAUAUUGCUUUUUUGUGUUAAUAUCGUAAUUCUACUUAUUACAUGCCUGCUGCAGACAGUACUACAUUAUUGUUGGCAAACUUUAUCAUGAAGCACUUGUUUAAAGAAUAAUUUCCUAAUGAGAGAUUUUGUAUAACUCUGUUGCAUUCAAGCAAUUUUUCAUGAUAUCCCAGAGGAGACAAACCACUACACUGUAGGACAUUAGAGGAUGGGACCAAACUACUUACCAUUUCUCUUUAAAAGGACCCUUGCUUUCCUCUCAGGAAUUAAUUGUUUUUUCCCCUCAAGUCUCUCUCAAAAUGGAUUCACGUUUGCAUGACUGGACUUGUCUUGCAGUGGAAUUACUGUCUUGGUGCUAGGAAAGUUUGCAGAUGUUUAUAUUACUACUUGAAUCUGCGAUUGCAUCAUCCUGAUGGCACUAACUUUAAAAACUAACAAAUUAACAGAAGCAUUAGUUUGCUGUUUAUUGCCAAUCUGGUAAAUAGCAAAUGCUUAUGAUGAUGAUGUAGUUUUAUAACGCGCUAGUAUCCGCAUCACAAAGAUGCUUAUGCUAUGUGUGGUUGUGUAGCUGCAGAUGCCUUUCUAAUUUUAGAAAUAAAUGGUGGGGCACUGGUUGGGAAGGGCAAGGGUUAGGUUAAAAAUGUGGUACACGUACAAUUUUGUAAAUGAUGUCAACAGCUUUCUUAUUUAUUUUAGUAGUUAAUAGAAAUUUGCAUGUCUCAGAACUAAGCAGAAAGCUGUUUUGAUUAAUAAGGUUGAAAGUGACACAUAGGAGAGAAAAGUUGACGUAGCAGCAGUACAGUGUUUUGUCAUGCAUGAACUUAUUUUAACUUUUUAAAAAAAAUAUUUAGACUGAUCUAAUUUUUCAAUUACUAAUAACUGCCAAGGGGAGGAGAUUGAUCAGAUAGUGCAGCUUAAAGUGUGCAGACCCAGGUGAUCAGCACAACUUUUGGACAUAGUCUUUAUUUGUGUACACUCUGAUGUUUAGUUUUUGUAAAUAUUGAACUGGUCAAUUAUUUUUAUUCUAAAUUGUUCACACAAAAAACAGCACUCAAAAAGCCUAUUUUGUGUUUAUUGUGGUGGAUACAAUAAAGUUCUUUUUGUGGUAGUCAUCGAUGUCUUUUAAAUGUAUUUUUUUUUCUAUUUGCUGAAAUGGAGAAAAUGUUAAGUAAAGAUAGCUUUUCUGUAAACAAAACCAAACUUUCUUUAUUGACUUCAACAUGGUUUUAUGGCAAGAAACAUACUUUGUGCAAUGAUAUUUGCAACCAAAGUACAGGCAAAACUUACUAAAAAUCUGCAAGGAACAGAUGAUGUCAGAUUAGACCACUUUUGUAGUAUUAGUAGUAGGAGCAAAGUGACUCAGCAGUAAAAGCCUUUCCUUUUUAAAAACUAUGCCGAAAUCUGUUUUAAUGUUGAAAUUGACAACUGGCUGACUAAUAUCAUAAUUUUGGUUCUACUUAAUUUCUACAUGAAUCUUCUAAGAUUUGCUUCUUCACUCUAUUGGUGCUUUUGUUAAAGGAGAACAUAAAAAAAAAAGUUUAAAUGUUAUUUUGGCUAAUAGCCUAUGUUUAUUGAAGCUGCUGGGUUGAUAACUGUUGUCUAUGAGGUAUGUCAUUGAGAAUAACAUACAGAUUUUAACUGUGCUGAAUUAUUUCUUCUAUACUGAAUUUUUUUUUCCCAGUAAAUAAAAUUAGUCUUUUUUCUAUAGGCUUAUUCUGUUUUCACAUGGUUGCCUACUAUUUGUACUAAUAAACAGCAGGGUAACAUACUUGAUCUUUGUAACUGUUGUUAAUAAAUAGAAUAGUAAAAAACUGAAAACAAAGUGCUGUUAAGUUUGGUACUCUGACUUAAUCUGUUUCCUGAAAAGACUGAAACUUUAUCAACGGAGACUGGAUUUAGCUAUUUUGCAUUUUGCGUCUACUUGUAUAUAGUCUUUAACUGCGGCCACCAUUGCCGGACAUUUAUUGUCGUAUUGGUAAGAGCAACCAACAUAUCUGACAUAAGCUUGUCAGCAAAUUUUUUUAUGGCGUAAUGGAUUGUUGGUCUAUAGAAGUGCCCAUGUACACUUUGAGGUGUUAAAACAACCCAUCACAUCUUGUAAAAAUUCAAUACAGAAACUUUUCUUAGAUCAGGCACAUGCUACUUAAUCAUGCCAGCAUUUAAACAUGUUCAGGGGAUAUUUGACAAUAGGUUAUUCCUUGAGCACAUUUGGAUUUACAAGAUGUUCAAAGUUAAUGGCAUACUGUUCUUAAUUACACGAUGAUUUGCAUUUUAGUUUGAAGUAGCUGUUAGAAGGUAGCCAACAUGCAGUCCUGAAGUAUUUAAUUUAAAAAAAAAAAGUUGUGCUUUAUAAUUAACACUGUGUAAACACUGGUGAUGGUUGUCAUAAUGUUCUUUUGAUUUGCUUUAAUUAGAAUGUAUGUACAACACAUUGUGUGCUUGGGUUUUUAUACAAAAAAAAAAGCAAGGUUUAACCCCCCCACACUCCAAAAAAUGUAUGAUUUAUUUUCAUUUUGUUGCACAUUUUAUGUCAACUAUUAUUGAUGUUUGUAAUGUAGUUGGCCUUAUAUAUCAGUUGCCACUGAAUUUAAGGGUUUCAUGAAGAUUAAAACCACAUUAGGCAUUAUGGUAAAUUGUAGCAAAAUGUUUACUUUUUUAAACCUAAUUCAUCUGGAUAUUUUGCAUCAAUCUUCUUUUUUGCGGAAUUAUAAUAUGCUCAUGUUAUUUUCUGGACAUCAGAUCACAACAUUUUAUGCAUUUUCCAACUUUUUCCCUUUAUCUGAAGCCGGUGUUCUUCAUACAUUAAUGCAAGUUUGGACUGUGAGCUGGACAGGAGUGAUAAAGUAGACUGUUUUCACUAGGUUUUGUUUGUAGCCUUGUAGUGGCUCCAUAGGAAGGCCCAGCUGUGCCUGAAUCUCCAUGGUGUUUUCAUUUAGAAGUAUUGUGAUAUAAAACUUCCUUUAAUAUGAAUGAGGUGUAAAUAAAUCCCCACUAACCUGAAUGAGGUGACAAUUUUGUCACAAGUCUGACAAAAAGUAAAACAUUCUGCAUGUUAAGGGCUAUUUUUAAUAAUAAUAGUAUUAUAAUUUAUUAUUCAACCAAACAAAAUUGUUGUUUAAAGCAUUUUCCUUUCACAUAAAAGCUAAUACAAGAAGACCUUUAGAAUGGAAAAUAAUAUGUGGGACAGAAAAAUCAGCAGUCAGUGGGCUGUGGCUCAAAAACUCAAAUAUUUUUUAGCACAAUCACUUUUACCUUUUAGGCUUACAUUGACUGUAUACAGGUAGUCCUCGACUUACAACGCUGAUCCGUUCUUACACGGUGUCGUAAACGUAAGUCGGAUCAUACGUUCAUACAGUACUGUACCAUAAUAACAGCACAGUACUGCAAACACUUAUAUCCAAACACCUAUCCUAACACAGUACCCUACAUAAUUAUCAAUAAACAUAAGUACAGUAAAAUAUUGUGCAGUACAGUAUGUUUUGUUAUCACUGUCGCUUUCAUAGGAGCAGAUCCUGUCACAUGUUCAAGGAUGCGAUCUUUAUCCUUGAUAAUCAUAGCGACAGUCGAACAACUGAGUCCUUAGGACCUGCCAAUUUUUGUUGCUAUUUCCCCCUUCUUAGAUUGCCUUAUGACUUCCGCCGCACGUGGAAUGUGGCGCACGUACAGUUCGACUUACGACGCUAAACCUCGUAAGUCGGAAUGAGCGUAGUAUAAAGCGUCGUAACCAUGAAACGACGCAACUCGAGACCGUCGUAACCCGAGGACUACCAGUACUCUAUUGAAGAUGGAACUCGAUUCACACAUUAGCUUAAAGCAGUAUGUGCUUCCAUAUUACCUUGCUGUGUUGCAAUUUAUAGUUCAAUCAAACAUGAAUAGUUGAUAAUCUACGCUUGCUCACCUGAUGAGUGAGAAAUUCUUAACUGUAAAGAGCUGAACCAGGAUGACUAUCAUAAUCUGCAAGUUUUUUUCCCCCUACCUUCGAUAGGUGCUGAGCUGUUUGUGCUUAAGACACAUGGUUUUCCUUUUACAUCUUUUGUGUUUAACCUAAUUGUACUAUUCCCCCUAACUCCACACACACAAAAUAGUUCAGUCAGGUGUUAAAAAAUGCAGAAAGUGGAUGAAAUCUAUUUUUUGAUUUUAGUCUUAUGUUAGAUAGUUUUCUCUUUCUUCUCCUCAAUCUGUUGCCAUAUGGCCUUGCUGCUGACAAUGUAUAGUAUUCAACAACCAACCAGCCAACCUCCUCCAAUCUCGACAGGUGGCAGCCAAAUUAGAUUUGCCAGUCUUGGAAUGCACCACUUAAGAGUAUUCAUAAGCUGCUUUGCCACAGAACUAAAGAGCUUUGAAAAAAAAAAUCACUCGUUUAGGAAUCACAACAAACUAGAUGCUUAUAAAUAAGCCUAAACUAAACAUUGGAGAGCAAGAAGCAAAUAGCUUUGUACCUUUAUGGCCCCAGUAAGAUGGUGCAGGCUAAGUAUAGAAAAGUGCCCCCUUUUUUUUAGGAGGAGCUGGUGGUUCAAUUGAACUUGAUUUUAGAAGGAUCCCUACCCCGAACUUUGUCUUUUCAACUAGAAUCAGGACUGCUGCUGUGACUAAGUAAACACAGCAUCCCAAGAUUUUGCUGUACUGUUUUGGUCUUGCUCAACUUUGGAUGCUAAAAUCCGAGUCUCAGACGGCAACCAGUUGUUUCAUGUUGUCAUUGACUUUUGUGUCUCUUGGUCAGGCAUGCAAGGACACAUGCACACGCAAACAAUCUGUAGCUGAUCUGUACAUGUUAAUUUGCUUUGUACACAUAAUUCUUUGAAAGAAAGUAUUUUGUAUAAAGAAGCUUGUAUCUAUUUGUCAUGUGAAAUGAAAAGCUAGAUUAAAGAAGUGAGCACCUUAUUGCUGAAUGCACUGACAUGAGAAGAAAGUAACGUGUACAAAGCUGUAAGUAGAGGUGGAUUCAUUGUAACUUGUAUGAUGUGUGUGAAUGUUUUUAUUUUGUGGAUAUACUUGUCUGGAAUUAAAGUUGUGUAGUUUUAUA